AUGCUCCCUGACUUGAACGUUGUCCUUACUGGCUUUGCCGCGUUCUCAGCAACCGUCGGCUAUGCUUUCGCCCGUAAAAUCCGCCCACUUCCUUCGCGAGCACGCGCUGCUUCGGUCAAUCAAGCUCAAUCGCUGGUUGAUUCCACCUCUGCUGCCUCGCUCGAUGCGAAAGAGGAAGCAGAAGAUAAACCAGACCUUACCGAAGCAGAUCCAGUCUCUUUGAAGCGCAAGCGCGAGCCCGUUCACGAUGACGUUCCAGACCUUGAUUAUCCUUUGGUUUGCGAUGACUUACCACACCGUCUCAUUCUCCUCAUAUAUUCCAAGAAUCUUUAUUCCAUCUACCCCAACAAACGCCGCGGUGGCUCAGUUUCCGACCACGACGCAGCAGAAGAGAAUGUUGUGGAGUCGGUAGUUGAACCUAUCGUAGAAGAUCCAUCUGAGAAAGCGGAGCCGAGCGCAACAACUGAUGCAGAAUUCCAAGCUGUAGAGAUAGCCCAACCCAGAGACGAGAUCGCAAAGCCAGCGCUGUUGGAGGCGGAUGUAGCGAAUAGCUUCGAGUCGUCUUCCAGUGAGCCUGCCGCAACCGAGGCCCUUGCCAGUGAAAAGCCACAGAACUCGGAAGAAAAUCCAAGGUCGCCAACGCCGGAGGCCGUUUCAUCCGACGCUGUUGUGCCCCGAUUUGGGUUCACUCGCACAACGGCUUCUCCCCGAUUUGUCCCCUUGUUUCCGACCACACAACGAAGCUCGGCAUCUUCAACAGCGUUUUCCACAUUUGCGGGUUCAUCCAAUCCUUUCUUUGCCAAUGCUGGCUCAACGACAAAUCUAUCCACACUCGUGUCCUCCAAACCCAUUUGGGCUGCAGCAACGAGUCAAAGUACUGCCGCAACUGCGGAUGAAUCGGACCAGAAGCCUAAUGCCAUCGCUGCAGCGACUCCGAAUGCCUGCCUCCCAUCUACUUCCCAGCCGCCACCAACGACUGGCGAAGAGGACGAAUCUGCAUUGCUAUCUCUUCGGGGAUUGACUUUGUUUGUUAAGCGUGGCGACGCAGCUUUCUCGAGCGCAGUACCAGGCUCUCUGAAGCUCUUACUGCAUAAAGUGAGCGGGAAUAAGAGGCUGCUAUUCCGUCGCGAGCCACUCUGGCAAGUGGCGAUGAACACGCGGAUACACGGAGCUUUGCGAUGCACGUUUGAUGCCCGUGAGGGUGUCUUGCGCGUCAUUCUCAAAGAGUCCGUAGAAGGCGACUCUACCACGCUUCAAACGGUGAUAUAUGCAUUCAAGCCUGGUCGAACCUGUCGUCGAAGUGAAUUCAGCGCUUUUGCGGAGGCUCUCGUUGUUCAAGCGCACCAAACUGGGCAGGAACCAGUAACCGAGGCAUUAUCGUGUUCUUAA